CUGUUUCCCCGAAGAAAAACUAUCCCUUCUGGCUCAUGUGUUUGUUGUCAUCGUGCACCUCACAGUCUUCUGUCUUUUGGAGAGCUCUGUGUGCAGUUAAAUGUCCACCCCUCCCACCAGGCCCAUAGAAAAGAUCCACCUGCUACUGUCAAUCCCGCACUUUCCUGAUGCAUCUGUCAACCCCUAAGAUCCUGACGACCAGGCCAGCAGGGAGGAGGGGUGCGGGAAAGAGAAUGUUAACAUGUCUUUCCCCUGCUUGUACUUUAAAUAUCUUCCAUGCAGUUGACAGGGUUUAAUUUUAGACUCCACGGGAGGCAGACGCAGAGGGUUUGUAGCUGAAGUCAAAGCCAGAGCCUCUCCAUUUUGCUCUGUCCUGAGUCCUGAGUCAUAGACCGGAACAGACAGGAACUAAUUAUUUUUGAUACAAGAACAACCAAGAAACUACAGACCGCAAAAAUGUCAAACAGUAGGGACAAUGAUGACCUCAGUGAAGAAGACAUUGAUGAAGAUGAACUCCUCGCUAUGCUUUCACCGGAGGAACUUAAGGAGCUUCAGAGUGAGAUGGAUGUUAUUAUUGCUCCAGAUGAGACUGUACCAGUUGGACAGAGACAGAAGGACCAGACAGAAAAGCCCCCGACAGGGACGUUCGACCACAGAUCCCUGGUUGAUUACCUCUACUGGGAGAAGGAGUCCAAACGCAUGCUGGAGGAAGAGAGAGUGCCUGCUACUUUGCUGCCCAGUGAGAAAACUCUGUUGGAGGAAGCUGAAAGGAAAGAAAAAGAAGAAAACACAGAGGUUGUGUAUGAAGUGAUAGAGGAAGUUAUUGAGGAAGAAGUUGUAGAUGGUGCCAAUGGAGAGGAAAUAAUUGAGGAGAUCAUUGAGGAAAUUAUUGAAGAAGUCGAUGAGAGGAAUGAAGAUGAUAAACAGGUGGUUGUGGAAGAUAAUUUAGAGGUGAAGCUUCCAGUGAAUACAGAGAAGCAUGACAAUACAGAGAAACAUGAAAAUACAGAGAAACAUGAAAAUACAGAGAAACAUGACGAUACAGAGAAACAUGAAAAUACAGAGAAACAUGGCGAUACAGAGAAACAUGAAAAUACGGAGAAACAUAACAAUACAGAGAAACAUGAUGACAAUACAGAAAACGGUGUGGAUCCUCAAGAUCACAAUACAGAAACAUUAACAAAGAACAACACGGAUACAAAUGAUGCAAAUGAUAAAGAGAGCUCAGCCUCUGAAUACAGUGCAUCGCAAGUUGAAGAGCAAAAAGUAACAAAAACAGACACUUUGCCUCCUAAAGAUGCUCCAGAAGCACCAGAGGAAAAUGAAACCAAUGAUAAGCUCCCACAGAAAGACGAGAGGAAAAUUAACAAAUUGAAAAUUCCUAACUUGGCCUUGAAUAAUAUUAAAAUGACAUCGAGGCCUUCAGGAAACGAGACAAACUUGGAGUCAACACUGGACAAGAUCCGCAACAACAACCCGUCUGUUACUGAGGUAAACCUCAACAACAUAGAAAACAUUCCCAAAGAGAUGCUCCUGGACUACGUCAACGCCUUGAAGAAGAAUAAAUACGUAAAAACGUUCAGUAUAGCCAACACAGGUGUGGAUGAAAACAUCUCUUUCAAUCUGGCCAACAUGUUGCGAGAGAAUCGCAGCAUCACGACUCUAAACAUCGAGUCCAACUUCGUCACGGGAAAAGGCAUCGUAGCUAUCAUCCGCUGCCUCCAGUUCAACGAGACUCUCACAGAACUGCGAUUUCACAACCAGAGGCACAUGCUGGGUCACCAUGCAGAGAUGGAGAUCUCACGUUUGCUCAAGGCCAACAACACCCUCCUGAAGAUGGGCUACCACUUUGAGCAGCCAGGACCCAGGAUGGUGGUCACCAACAUUUUAACUAGAAAUCUCGACCGUCAGAGGCAAAUGAGGAAGGAGGAGCAAAAGCAGCAGCAACUGAAGGAGCAGAAGGAACUGAUGCAGAUGUAUGAGAACAGUCUGAACCUGCCUCCUGGUUUACUUGAGAUGCUGGGGUACUUACCUACCCUAGAACUCCUACAGGAGCAUGGGCUUGUCCCGCCCUCGUCAGCACUCGGUGCUGUGCCUCAAACACACCUCAAGACAGAGCAGAAGGAGCAGCAAAAGGAGCAGCAAAGGGAGCAGCCCCAGAAGCAGCCUCAGAAGCAGAUCAAACAGAAAAGCAUUUCCAAACAAUCCAGCACUGAACCAGCAAGUCCUUUGAGGAAUGUGCAGCUCAAGAGAACACCCAAGAAACGUGACCCAUUUCUGGACCAGGACCCAAGGGACAACAGGAGGCCAGACAGGGCCAGUUUCCAACUGAAGAAGACUCCCAGAGUGAAGGAUGCAGGCAGCAGAGACACGACAGACGAAAAACCCAACCUGACUGAAGUCAUUAAGACUUUGAAACCCAUCCCACGUAGACGAUUGCCACCAAAGGUUGACCUCACGCCACGUGAUCAGCUUCUUGAUGAGAUCAAAAAGAGCAACGUCGCCUAUCUCAAAGCUGUGCCGCUUCCCAAAGUCCUGGAAUCAAGUGAAACGAGUCUCUUCUGAGGUUAUAGCUUUAACUGUAUGUUUUCACCAUAUUUUAUGUUCACUUUAAACAUAUUUAAUAUUAGUUGCCUUAUUCAGAAGAACUGUGUAAAUUACUAGCAUGUUAAAUUUUCUUUAAAAGUGGGCUGGCCAUGUUGUGUUGUAGUGUUUAGGAACUCAUGACAAUAAAGGAAUGCAGAAUUAAGAGUGCAUUACCGAUACAGCCUAUUUUUUUAAUUCAUGUUCAAAUGCUUUCAAAUUAACUGACUUGAUUUGUUUCAUUUUUAGUGAAUGAUUUACUAUGGAGCGAUUGAGUUCAUGUAAUUAACCUUUUGCUAUUAAAAACAACGUUGCUCCUUG